AUGGCCUCCAUCAGCGCCGAACUGCGAAAUCAAAGGUGGACGAGGGACUCCUACCUCAUCUCGACCGACGCAUCCCUCAUCCCGGUCCCCCAACUCAACGCCGCCUUCGCCUCGGACGCCGUCUACUGGGCCAAGGCCAUGCCCGAAGCCAUCAUGAGAGAAAUGCUGCAGAGCUCCCUCUGCUUCGGCUUGUACGACACCACGUGCGCCAACCCUCAACAAGAACUCGGUGGCGCAGCUCAAGUAGACGACGACGACAAUAACAAGAACAGCAACAACAACAACGACGACGACACCGCGGAGCCGGAGGAGCACCAACGCCCCCAACAUCGAUUAAUUGGUUUCGCCCGUCUCAUCACCGACUUCGUCACCUUUGCCUACGCCACAGACGUCUGGGUCGACCCCGCGCUGCAGGGCAACGGCCUGGGCAGGUGGCUAUUGGGCUGCGUGCAAGAGAUGAUCGAGGCGAUGCCGUGCCUGAGGAAGAGCCUGCUGUUCACCGACAGCUGGGAAAAGUCUGUGCCGUUUUACGAAAAGGUGAUGAAGAUGAGCGUGGUGGGAGGGCAGCCGGGGGUCAGCCAGGCGAUUAUGCAGAUGAGGGGAAAGUGGUCACCGCAUUUUACGGGAAAGUCGGGUUGA